ACACUUGCUCACCUCCUGCCCGGGUCUCUGACUUCAGGAGAGCGGAGGGGGCGGCGUCAGAGCCUCUCGCGCCCGAGCGCAUCGCUCCCUACCCCGCCCCUCGGGAUCCUUUAAGAGGCGGGGCUUGACUGCCGGCUCCACGGCCCGGGCAAAAGGCUGGGACUUUACUCCGGGUGGCCGGUGGCGGCGAGGACGAGUCUGUUCUCCAUCAGCUGCCGCAGCCGCUGCCUCCCGCCCCAAAACCCCAUCCCAGCGGUUGAGCCACGAUGAGCGGCAGAGUUGGCGAUCUGAGCCCCAAGCAGAAGGAGGCAUUGGCCAAGUUUCGGGAGAAUGUCCAGGACGUGCUGCCGGCCUUGCCGAAUCCAGAUGACUAUUUUCUCCUGCGUUGGCUCCGAGCGAGAAGCUUCGACCUGCAGAAGGCGGAGGCUAUGCUCCGGAAGCAUGUGGAGUUCCGAAAGCAAAAGGACAUUGACAACAUCAUUAGCUGGCAGCCUCCAGAGGUGAUCCAACAGUAUCUGUCAGGGGGCAUGUGUGGCUAUGACCUGGACGGCUGCCCAGUCUGGUAUGACAUAAUUGGACCUCUAGAUGCCAAGGGUCUGCUGUUCUCAGCCUCCAAACAGGAUCUGCUCAGGACCAAGAUGCGGGACUGUGAGCUGCUUUUGCAGGAGUGUGCCCGCCAGACUACAAAGUUGGGGAAGAAGGUGGAGACCAUCACCAUGAUUUAUGACUGCGAGGGGCUUGGCCUCAAGCACCUCUGGAAGCCUGCUGUGGAGGCCUAUGGAGAGUUUCUCUGCAUGUUUGAGGAAAAUUAUCCCGAAACACUGAAGCGUCUUUUUGUUGUUAAAGCCCCCAAACUGUUUCCUGUGGCCUAUAACCUCAUCAAACCCUUCCUGAGUGAGGACACCCGUAAGAAGAUCAUGGUCCUGGGAGCAAAUUGGAAGGAGGUUUUACUGAAACAUAUCAGCCCUGACCAGGUGCCUGUGGAGUAUGGGGGCACCAUGACUGACCCUGACGGAAACCCCAAGUGCAAAUCCAAGAUCAACUAUGGGGGUGACAUCCCCAAGAAGUAUUAUGUUCGAGACCAGCUGAAACAGCAGUAUGAACACAGUGUGCAGAUUUCCCGUGGCUCCUCCCACCAAGUGGAGUAUGAGAUCCUCUUUCCUGGCUGUGUCCUCAGGUGGCAGUUUAUGUCAGAUGGAGCAGAUGUUGGUUUUGGGAUUUUCCUGAAGACCAAGAUGGGGGAGAGACAGCGGGCAGGGGAGAUGACAGAGGUACUGCCCAACCAGAGGUACAAUUCCCAUCUGGUCCCUGAAGAUGGGACCCUCACCUGCAGUGAUCCUGGCAUCUAUGUCCUGCGGUUUGACAACACCUACAGCUUCAUUCAUGCCAAGAAGGUCAGUUUCACUGUGGAGGUCCUGCUUCCAGACAAAGCCUCAGAAGAGAAGAUGAAACAGCUGGGGACAGGCUCCCCAAAAUAACGCCUUCUCCUACAGCAGGCCUGGCCCCCUCAAGUGUCUCCCUGUCAACUUCUACCCCUUGCAGCAGUCAUUUUCGCACAACCCUGAAGCCCAAAGAAACUGGGCUGGAGGACAGACCUCAGGCUGGAUCUGGGGAUCUUUCAUUUCAGAGUUAGGCAGAGGAAGAGGAAGGGUGACUGAAGGGGGUCUCCUUGUCUCUCAAAUUCCUAAGGAGUCCCCAGGGCUGGCCAUUGUGACAGAAUCUGUCUGUCCUGUAAAGUGUGCCAACUUCACCUGUCCCGGGACAGCAAAUAUAAGGGGGGGGGGGGGGUGUACCACAGGGUGGCAGUCGGGAAAAACAUUAGAAAAGGGGGAAAGGCUGGGACUUAACACUUCAGCGAAGCCAGCUGCCAGGGAGAAACUUGCUUCUAAGUGAACACGUUUAAGUUUAGAUCGCAGUGAGGAGUAGCCGAGUAGCUGGUUGCUAGAGUUCCGGUGGGGAUGAGAGGCUCUUCCAAACCUGUCAGCCUUGAGGCUGGGGGAGCUUUUGGCUUUUCCCAGGUCUCAGGAGGUGGCCUGAGUCAGCACAGAUCGUCCCACUCAGGGGUAGACAGGCUGGCUUCCCCCGCACUUUGAGAACUCGGGCAACUCCCGGGCCGCACGGCCCGCCUCUCUGACUACUAAUGACUGCCAGUGACUCAGAGCCUCCCGGGGCUUCGGGUGCCCAUCCGCGGUUCUCCCUGCCCCCGGGGGGUCACAGCUGCGGGGGGCGGGCAGGGAGGCGGGGGGCGGGAGCGAAUGACAAAGGGGAUCCUCCAAGGGAGCGACCCAGAGACAAGCUGCUAAGUGGGGUCCGGAGAGCGGCACUCGGGGAGGGUGUCUCCAGCCCGAGUGUCCCGCGGCGCCCGCCAACCCGCUUCCGGACUGACCUGAGCAAGGUCUCAGCAGUCCCAUCUCUGCGGGAGGCACGCAACGGACCGCAGGGAGCUCAGACGCCGGUGGGCGCCGCCAGGCGGGGAGGCCGCCCAAGGGCGGGGCCGGCGUCGCGCACACCUGGGGCUGGGGGCGGCCACAGUCGGCCUCGAAGCCACAGCCCGUACCCCGACCGCACGCGCCCAGCCAACGAGUGCCAGGUGCUGGGCUGCACAGGAACACGGGAAGGCGGCCCCAGACCCGGCGGGAACGUCUUUCCCGCAGGGCCAGGCCCCGGCCCCGCCUGGGAAGCUCGUCUUGCGAGGCCGAGGGAGCGCGGACCGGAAGGGGCCGAGGCUGCACCGGCCUCUGCCAGACCGCUCAGGAGGGCCUCCCGGCCUGGGUUUACCGUGCUGUUAGGAAAAUUAACCGACGAAUAAAGCGACAUUCAGUGCGCAGGGAGUGAAAUUCAAUGCCCACCGCUUGCGUCCUCGCCGCCUCUCACUCAAGAGGCCCAAACUUAAGCGGCCUCAAGAGCCCAGCGGCGGCCACUACGUAGGGCGCAAGCGCAGAAACCCUCUUCGGCUCCCCAGCAGGAGCUUUCCCAUCGGGCCGCGUCCAGCUUGCCUUCUGAUUGGCCCAGUGGGCAGGGGCUCUUCCGCCAUCUUUGAUCAGGGCAUGAAGGACGCUCCUGACCGCCUUCACAAUGAGGGCGGAGGCCCCGCCCCACCAGCUGCUCAGUACGUGCCGCGUCGCCCGUGCGCGCCAAGUGUGAGUCGAAGCGAGUGCCCGCGGAGCUUGCGGUGGGCCCAGAGUGAGAGGGAGGCGGAGGCGGAGGAGCAGCAGUCACGUGGUUUUAGGGACUGUCUAAUAAUUCCACGCCAAUAUGGCGUGUGUUUCAGGGGCUGGGGACCGCUGCAUCCGCACAAACCUUUCUCCCACGAACAAACCACUCGCCUCUUCGGCCCCCGGCCCCACACUACAAGCCCAGCUCCGCUGGAGGUAACUGCUGACCGGACUGUCCCAUACGGCGCUACAAGACUGAGGCGCCUAGGGCUGAAAGUGGGGGUCUCAAUAGGGAGUCAGGGUUACUCAUUUUCCCUACCUUUAUCUGAUGAGAAUAAGAGCUAACUCUUAAUGAGGGCUGCCGGGUAUCAUGCAAAAACCCUGUGCUUACUAUUAUUCUUCGGGUCGUUGCAAAGAUUAAAGGAAAUAAGCAGUGCAAAGCGCUUAACAGCUUGGCAUAAGUAAGUGCUCCUCAGUGUUGGCUGCUCUCAUUUAUUUGCAGUCGUGGGAACUGGAUUUCAGGAAGGCUAACAGCCAAUAGGCGGCACGGCUGGGAUUUGAACCCAGGAUUGUCUCCAACGCCGCUCAGUUAUACAAGCCAGGGAGUCACAGAGACCUAGUGAAGUGCACACAUUGCCCACCUGGGUAAACUGAGGUCCAGCAGGGGAAGGUUUCCUCCUGUUGUAAUCACUAACCUUGCCCGAUUCGUUCAUUCAUUCGUUCACCCAUUCAUUCAACAUCCUGUCUCCGAGAGGCUCAGUCAGAGGACACACUGAAUCCAGUUAGAUCCGAGCGCUUCCCAGCUAUAUAUGGCGCCUGCUGAGAAGGGACUGCAGAGUCCAGGCACCCACCUUCCAGGCGCUCACCGUUCACGCCUUUGGCCUCAUUUACUGAGCUCGCGUUAAGAGCCUGAGAUCUGGAUCCACACUGUUUGGAUUCAAAUCCUGACUUCACCACUUAGCAGCUGUGUGUUCUGGGAAAGUGACCCUCCUUCUCUGUGCUUCCAUUUUCUAACUUGUAAAACGGGAUGCCAGUCUGGGGGGAGGGGUUUAAAGGUGUUAGCCAUGCAGAAUUAUUUAGCGAACAUCCAGACUGGCAAUAAACAAUAAAUGGUGACUGUUAUCAUUAA